GAUAUAUUUACUUGAAAUACUAAUGUGUACAUAAAAUGUACAAUACGUUAAUAAAAUAUUCUAAUAGUACUUUACUGUAAAACAUCAAUUUAUUCUGUAGUAACUUAUUAACUUUUAUAGCAUUAAAUGGAUUCUGCUUCUACUGCAAAUAUAAAUCAACUUAAGCCACUCAAUGAACUAAGUAAUGAAGAUCAACUUUUAAUAUCUAUGUGCACACUGGUUAGGGAGAAAGCAUAUGUUCCAUACAGCAACUUCAAAGUCGGUGCUGCGUUACGAUGUGAUGAUGGGACCGUAUUUUCAGGCUGUAAUGUAGAAAAUGCCUCGUAUGGGCUCUCAAUAUGUGCUGAACGUACAGCCAUUGUGAAAGCUGUAAGUGAAGGAAAAACUAAAUUCACUACAAUUGCAAUUGCAGGAUUGAACAAUAAUCAAUUUGUCCCUCCUUGUGGUGCUUGUAGACAAGUAUUAAGUGAAUUUAAUAAUCCCAGUAAUGACAUGAUUGUUUAUUUAUAUCAACCCAAGGGUAGUAAUGUAGUUAUGACAAGUGUGUCUGAACUACUUCCAUUGGACUUUAAAUUUAAUACAAUUUAAUGAAUUGUUAAUCAUCAAUAUUAAAUAUGUCUUUGGGCUCUUCUUACAAUGCCCAGUUAAAGUUAAAGGACACUUAAUCGGACAUUGUAAGAACCGGCCUUAACCUGUUAUAAUCUAAAGUUUUGACAAAUUUUCUAAGUAUUUUUUUUUUAAAUUACUACUUGUAGAUAAAUUUUACCGCAGUUAACAUUUAUAUUUUACACCUAUUACUUACAUUUAUUAGUUAAGUAUCAUUAUUGUUUAUGAAAAUUCAAAUAAUUAUACAUGUCCAGGAUGCUU